GCGCAGUAGCGUUACGCCCGGUCAGCCUAUGGUCGCAGUGGGGUGAGCGCCGGCCGCGGGGCCCGGAAGGUGGGGAAAUCCCGUCCCGGUGCCAGCGCCGGCCGUGUCUGAUUCCGGGUCCAGGGACGCUGAGCGUCAGUCGUCAGACUCAACAGAGCAGCAGCCGACUUCGUGACCGCGACGUUUCUUGGUCUUCUGUGCAGUGUGUCGCCUUAGCAAGCCAUCAGGGGUCAGAUCGAUCAGCGUGUCAGCAGGUCAGCGCCUCAGAUCAUCGAAGAUGUCAACCGACACUGGGAAAAAUCACCGAAGGCCUCUCCCAUUGCUCUGCAGAAAUUACAACAAAAAAUGUGGAUGUUCCCGAGAAAGUUGUGAAGAUUUGCACUUGUGCUAUUACUUUCUCAUCAGGGAAUGCUUAAACAAGGAGUGCUCCCGGUCGCACACUUUGGAAACACCCAGAAAUAUCAUGACCCUUGAGAACUUGGGUUUUAAGGGCAAGGAUGAUCUCGAUCUGGUGUUAACCAGCAUGCAGCGCAAAAUGCGCGGGGUGCGUAUCAACUUGUGCUACACAUACAACGCGAACGAGUGUGCGUCCAGCGGAUGCCGCCGGUUACACCUGUGCUACCCAUAUGUGCUCGGUAGGUGCACGGAGGACGAGUGUGAGCUGAGCCACAGCGUCACCGAUGGAGAGCACAACCUCAAGGUGCUCCGAGAGGCCGACAUGGCCAACGAGCCCGCCUCCUUGGUGGUGCAGACACUGGCCGAGGUUCUGACCGAGUGGCCUCUUCGGCUUACUAUUUGUCGCGACUUUUGGCGCAAUCCAGGUGGAUGUGAAGGGCGCUGCCGUCGACUGCAUGCGUGUCCUUCGUACAUUAAAGGGAAUUGCUGGUACGGGGAACGUUGCUACAAAAGGCACAACUUGUGCGAUCCGCACAACCAGCGUGUGCUGGCGUUUUUUGGCUGCACGGAGGCCGAGGCGCUGGCCCAGUUUGCCGCCCGGAACAUGGCUGCCGCUGAGUAUGCGGGAGGCGGCAGUACUGCUGAAGCAGAACACUGUGGAGAGCUGGGAGCGGCAGUGGACGCCAGAGUCCGGAAGGAGCAGUCCGAUGGGCUCUCAGAUGAGCAGAAACUGAUCGAAUAUCUGCAGCAGUUUCGGCUUCGGAAGGUCCAGCGUGAACAGGAGCGCCAAAAACGCCGAGAGCGGCUUCAGCACAUAGAGAGGCAGAUCGAGCGCCAGGGAGAGGGGGACACCGACCCAGGGCACUAUUAUACGAGUGCUAGCUCUCUGCAACAGGAGCCCAGAACAUGCAAGGAGAAGCUCAAACUUCAAGUCAAGCAGUUGCUCGAAGAGCAAGAACAACAUGUCCGAGAUCUGGCUCGAUUCAAGAAGCUCUUCAGCACACAGCUGGAGUGCAUGAAGUGUGUCGUCUGCAAAGGCGUGUUCAAACGUCCCGUCACUCUGAGCUGCUCUCACACGUUUUGUGAGGCGUGUGUCAGUGUGGAGAGUCGGCGACGACAGUCAGAGGCCUGUCCGCUCUGCUUCCAGCCGGUGUAUGCCACGACGCGCUGCUCAGUUCUCGACAAGAUACUCGUCUCUCUGGCGGAUAUACCGCUGUAGAGAAGACAGGGGACGUUCAGCGACUGCUGGUGAGCUCACGUCUUCUCGCCAUUGCCUUUGAAAACGGAGCGGGGUGCCUUACAUGCUGGAGGAGGAAGUCCAAGGCAGUGGCCAGGGUGAACUUCGUAAAUCUGGAGGUUGGACCAAGGAGUUGGACUAUAUACGUCCAGACCAUCAUUGCGUUUCCAUUUUACUGUUUCGCUCGUUGCCAAAGGCGCUGAGGUCUUUCGCUGCAGCUGAGAAGAGAAAUCUGGCAAGUAACUAUAGACAACACAGAGAUCAUAGAACAUGGUAUUUGUAAUUGUACUAAGAUUAUACUCGUAUCUGGCCUGUUGUGUACUAUUAUGACGAAGUAAAAGUUUUUGUUGUUUCAUUUCUUCGAUUAUGUCUACUGAUCAGUUCUCAGUUACAUUCAGCCUGCAUGAUGAACACAAGCUACGGAAACGGAGUCAUUUGCUAUGCGUUUUAUUGCUGUUGCCUUGCUUAUGCGCAGUUCGUUACAGGGACCCGGGAACGAUUUUCAAGUUGGGGGGGCGAGCCUAAAAUACCUUACAUGAUGCAUAUUGAAACAGUGGCGAAGCUAGGGGUCUAAGGGGACACUUACCCCCCCCCCCCCAUCGGGAUAAAGGGGACCCUCGGGUCUGAGGGGCCCUGCGGCGCCAUUUGACCGCUGAAGGUUAACGAUGGCCAUAUUUCUACUCAGAAGGGCCCCAUGGGGCUCGUCAGAGCACCUCAUGGACCCUAAAUAGCCACACUAAGAUCUCCAUAAGGGUCCGACGCCGGCGUCUGAGGGCCUCUUGCGGCUUUUAAGGACACCUCAGUGAUCUCCAAAGGCCCAUUACUGGCCUCUGAGAGGUCUUACCGGCCUAUGAGGUGCCAGUUCUAGGGGCAUUUCCCGCCUGUGAUGGUCCCACACUUAAUUUUCUGAGGGCCCCAUAACGGCAUCUGUGGGGCCCUCGUCGGCGCCUAUGAGGGCCUGUCUCUAAGGACCCCACAGGACUUCUUCUGCCGGCGUAAGGUCCCCUUGCCAGUCACUGAGACUCCCUGCCGGCUUGUAGAGAGUUCGCGUCAGCAGCACUAAAGGCCCCACACCCGUCUGUAACGGCCCCACACCAGCGUCUAUGAGGAUCCACCACUAAAGGCCCCACACCCGUCUGUAACGGCCCCACACCAGCGUCUAUGAGGAUCCACAGCAACGCCUGUAACUUGUAAGGACCCUCAUCGGCGCCUCUGAGAGAAUCACACUAGCGCCUCUGAGCGCCCACACCGGCACCUGCAUGGCGGCCCCACACCAGUGCCUCUAAAGGCCCCUUACCGGCGGCUCUGGGGGCCCUACGCCGGUGAUUCUGGGGGUGCUACCGAUAACCGAAGGCACCACACAAGCCCUUAGUGUCGCUGAGCUUUAAUCCCAUACCGGCCCUCCGAGAGCGCCACGUCAUUGCACUCAUUGCCCCACACCCCUCCAUCACAUCCGGAGCGGGUAAACUGUGUUAUACCUAUAAUAGCAACGAUUUUACCACCGUUGUACGUUAUGUAUUUCUCAAAGUUGAUUCAAGCUGGUGCAGUAUAAAAUCUGGCCUGCCAAACUUAUGGCCACGAUCAAGCCCAAAUCAAAGCGGGAUGACAAUAGUCAAUAGCAGAUGUUGUCAAAUCGAUACCUACUGUAUCAGCAGAAACCAUUCAGAUGGCAAGGAAAAUGCCAUGUGUCGAUGCGUAGAUGUAUGAAGGAAACAAGAAGGAAAAAAGUCCGGAAAAGGGAGGAAAGAUCUUUUCUCGCUGCCACAAUGUUGAGGGGGCGCCGCCCCCUCGGCUCUCAAGUUGGGGGGGGGGGCAAGCGCCCCCGCUGCCCCCCCCCCCUGUUCCCGGGUCUAUGGUUCGUUACAUUAUGUUAGCAUUAGGUAUUCGUUACCUUUGCAUUGGUGCACCUCUGUUAUGUGUCGAGCUAAGCUACUUAGUUCGCCAUUGUAACCGAUUAUGUAUACAUUACGCCGUUAAAAUAUAGCGUCCUACCCUACUGCAUGUCAUUAA